AUGACUGCACGGUCGGCGCUGGACGAGGUCACCGACACGGGCGCCUUCGGCCGGUCGCCAUCCACCUUCCGGAGCUUCGUUUCCAGGGACAGGCGGUUCCCUGCCGUGGCGGGGCGGUACCACCUCUACGUCUCGUACGCGUGCCCCUGGGCGUCCCGGUGCCUCGCCUUCCUCAAGCUCAAGGGCCUCGACCACGCCAUCGGCGUCACGGUCGUGAAGCCCAUCUUCGAGCGGACCAAGAAGAGCGACGAGCAUCUGGGUUGGGUGUUCCCCGCCGCCGCCGACGAGGAGCCCGGCGCCGAGCCCGACCUUCUCAACGGCGCCCGGAGCGUGAGGGAGCUCUACGAGAUCGCCCGCUCCAACUACGCCGGGAAGCCAACCGUCCCCGUGCUGUGGGACAAGCAGCUGAAGACGGUGGUGAACAACGAGAGCUCCGAGAUCAUCCGGAUGCUCAACGACGAGUUCAACGGCAUCACCAGGAACCCCGGGCUGGACCUCUACCCGGCCCACCUCCAGGCCUCCAUCGACGAGGCCAACGAGCUGGUCUACGACGCCAUCAACAACAGCGUCUACAAGUGUGGCUUCGCCAAGAAGAAGGACGACCGCGUGCUUGUGCCGGAUUUGGGGUCGCUCAACAGCAUCCAUGACAGGGCGCGUGAACUCUUCUACUACCUCAAGGGUGGGCAGGUGGACUAUGGCGAGGAGCACAGCAAGGCUUGCAGCCACAACAGGUUUGGGAGAAUAUAUCACACAGGGCACUAUCCUGUUUGUUACGAGCACAACCCAGUGCAUUUUGUGGGGCACUCUGCUGGCGCGCAGGUUGUGAGGGUGCUGCAACAGAUGCUUGCCGACAAGAGGGAUGGUUCAUGGGGCAGUGUAGACUGCCCCGCCUACGAAUCCCACCCGCCGCCCUGCCUCACCCGCCGCGAAACCAGCCACAACAGCCACCUCCCCUGCGACGAAUCCCGCCCGCGCCUCCCCCGCCGCCAUCCCCGUCGCGACAACCACCCGCGAAUCACCCGCCGCAGCUCCAUCUCCGCGAACCGCCCGCCCGCCUCCCCCGCCGCCAUCCCCGCCGCGACAGCCACGACCCAGCGUACCCCCUCGUCGUGCACAUGGGCGACACCGUGCUACUUCCCGCGCCCCCCGUCAUCCCCUUCUUCCCCCGCAUAG